AUGGCGACCAGGAAGCUCUCCUGUCCCUCUCACCUGCAGAUCAGAAAGGUUGUCCCCAUCUAUUUCAUCAUGAUUGGCCUUUUCUUAGCCCUUCUCAUGGUCUCCCUCCAUGGAACAGCUCCUGUCGACAGCUCCUAUCCCUACAGCGUCCCUCUGGAUCCUCAAGGGUCGCUCCGUCUUUUUUGGAAUGUCAGCUACACCGAAAAAGUGGUGUAUUUCCAGAUCCUUAUCAAGGACCUGAAAUUUGGAAUGAUUUUCGGUAUGUCCGACCGAGGGGAGUUUGAAGGAGCCGAUAUGGCCGUUUUAUGGAGUGAUGGACUGAGCUCCUUCUUUGGCGAUGCCUGGAGUGACAAGGAGGGCCGACUGCACAUCGACUCCCACCAAGACUAUCAGCUGCUGUCAGCCCAAAAGACACCAGAGGGCCUCUACCUUGUCUUCAAAAGACCCUUCACAACAUGUGACCCCAAAGAUUACCUCAUUGAGGAUGGAACAGUGCACCUCAUCUACGCCCUAAUGGAGAAGCCCUUUCAUUCUUUGUCAGCUAUCAAUAUCUCCACCCUCGACCGUGGUCUGCAGCGAGUGCAGCUGCUGAAGCCAGAGAUCCGCACACCUCGUCUCCCUAACGACGUCCUGACCAUGGACAUUCUUGCUCCAGAUGUUGUCAUUCCAGAUAAAGAGACAACUUACUGGUGCUACAUCACCGAAUUACCUCAACACUUCCCCAAACAUCACAUUGUCAUGUAUGAGCCGGUGAUUACAAAAGGACAUGAGGCGAUCGUCCAUCACAUGGAGGUGUUCCAGUGUUCCGAGGACUACGACACUAUCCCCCACUACAGCGGGCCCUGCGACUCCAAGAUGAAACCAGAAAGAAUAAACUACUGCAGGCACGUCCUAGCCGCCUGGGCCAUGGGGGCAAAACCGUUUUACUACCCACAAGAUGCUGGCCUAGCAUUUGGGGGAACGAGGUCUUCAAGGUUCCUACGGCUCGAAGUGCAUUAUCACAAUCCUUUGGAGCUGAAAGGUCUGAGUGACUCAUCAGGCAUCCGCCUAUAUUACACGCCGUCUCUGCGAAAGUUUGAUGCCGGCAUAAUGGAGCUAGGAUUGGUGUAUACACCGGUGAUGGCUAUUCCUCCACGGCAAAAGUCAUUCCAACUUACCGGAUACUGCACGGAUAAAUGCACUGAGACGGCCCUUCCUCCAGAUGGGAUUCACAUCUUUGCUUCUCAGCUCCACACACAUUUAACUGGGCAGUCAGUGACCACCGUGAUCGCCCGGGAUGGAAAAGAAGUCGGAGUUGUCAAUGUAGAUAAACACUUCAGUCCACACUUCCAGGAAAUCAGGAUGCUAAAGAAGCCUGUCCAAGUUUUGCCAGGGGAUUUGCUGAUUACUAGCUGUUCUUACAACACAGAAGACAGAAGUCGAGUCACGGUGGGUGGAUUCAGUAUCACAGAUGAGAUGUGUGUGAACUAUAUACAUUAUUAUCCUCGUACUGAGCUGGAACUGUGCAAGAGUCACGUGGAUCCAGGAUAUCUGCGAAAAUACUUCAAUUUGGUAAACAGGUUCAUCGGUGACGAGGUCUGCACCUGUCCACAGGCAGCUGUCACUGAACAAUUCAACGAAGUGCCCUGGAAUUCUUUUACCAGUGAUGUUCUCAAUUCCCUUUAUGCCUACUCCCCCAUCUCCAUGCACUGCAACAGAUCAUCCGCUGUCCGUUUUCCGGGCGACUGGGAGAGGCAGCCAUUGCCGAAGAUUACACAGGCCCUGCCACCAGCAGAUACAACUUGCCCUACCCCCGGGGAUUCGGUGUCUCCAACACCAGUGUUCGUUAACAUUAACAAGUACAAUGGUUCUUGAGAACUAGACAGACUGGGAAUUAAAGAUACUGCAACUGUUCUGCAUCACGGAAAUAUAAAACAACAGAAAUAUCACACUGUCACU